AUGGAUACGUUUGUGAGUACAACUUUCUUGGUUGUUUUGGCGUAUUCAGUAGAAAGACUUGUGGCAAUGGCCUAUGUUCAUGAGUAUGACGAAAUGUGGACAAAAAGACCGACAUUAGGAAUUUCACUAUAUCUCGUAGCUCUUAUCUACUCAGCAUUUCUGAUUCUUGUCUACAAUUUGGGAUUGAAUACUUAUCUUGCCUAUGGGGCUCAAUAUGUUCUCUUCACUUUUGCCACAUUUUUCUUCAUUUAUCUGCGAAUUGCCAGCGAGAAAGCUUAUCGACGAGUUGCCAGUAAGAAGGAUUCCACUGUCACUGAACGCUUCGACACUGCCCGUAACUUGAAAGCUUCUCAACUUCUUCUCCGAGUCGCUCCAUUCAAAUGUCUCACAAAUUAUCUUGCCCUUGGCCUUUAUUUCUGGAUUUGGGAGCUUCACACUCCUGAGUAUUAUCCAUUGUAUGGUGUUUUCUAUUUUUACGUGAGUCACUUACAAUUAUACUUACAAAUGUUUCUAACAAUACUUGGUCAUCCGGUCUUAAAGGAGGAGUUCAGUUUCUUGAUCGGGAAAAAGAAUAGAAGUCGACCAGAAGAAGUGAAAGAUGUUUUGGGGAAAAGAAUGAUAUUCAACGAUCGGGAAACAACACAACUCUAUUAUGAUCAAAUUCGUACAGCGUGGAGGUUAGCCGACUCUCCGAAUAUCGGCAAUCUUCCUUCAUCAACAUUGAAUUCACUCCCAUCUCGACCAUCUCGACCACCAAAACAUUUAGAGCCACUCAAAUAUAAAGCAAAAUAU